GGCACCUAACCUUGAGUUGCGAGCUCUGAACCAAAUAGAAUUUUAUCAAUAAUUUGCUUUGCCCUGCGGAAACCUGGAGGAGGAUGGAUUUCGAAGAAAAUCUAGUCAAACGACAAAAUUCCACCGAGUAUUUUGAUACCGUGGUCGGCCACAUUGAGGACAUUGUGAUUGGCGAGGAGUUCCAGACGAUGGUCAACCAGUUUAUGGACUGCUACUACCACCUCUUCGACCACGGUGAGGAGAACAAGAUCAUCUACACGGAAAUCUACCAGAAGUACACCAAUCUGAUCGAGACGUUCAUCGUGGAGAGCUUGAACGACAAGAUGAGCUACUUCGACAUGGAUCUGUUUGCGCUCGAGUUGGAGAACAAAAAGUCCCAACUGGAUGGGGAAAUAUUCGAACUGCUGUACACUCUGACGGAUUUCCUCGCCUUCAAGGACAUGGUGCUGGACUACAAGGCCUUCAAGGAGGGAGUGUACGACGAUCUGAGCAAGGAUUUCAGCGUUACGAGUCUGCAGCAAAAGUAAUUCUCUCAAUCGGUAUUUUAAUUAGACUUAGAGGAGCGUGACAUACUGGACUUACACUAAGGAUGUGACUUAUUGGCAAUAAACAAAAAUUGAAGGAG